ACUGAUCUUGUGAUUUUUUUGACGUUUAGUCUGUUUUGUACUGAAACGAUCUGGCAGUGGAAAAGAGUAACUGAAGGGAAAUCUCUGGGCUACACACAACAUUACAGUAGUUCGGAUCAUCAACAAUAUCCUUAUUACAACUGCAUGACUACAGAACAGUUGAGGAAUAGAGAAGAUUCCAUUUUAGUGUUACAGAUGUGCAUAGCAUUGUUGUGUCAUGUCCCUUCUGCAGCAAUGCACAUGUGCCAGUUCGAAAAGCAAGGAGUCGCCUACAUCUGUGCCUUAUAGUCGCAAACACACAAACACAUCUGAGAAUUAUCAGAAAGAUGGAUUGAGUCAGGGCAGCCCAGAGGACCAUCGAAUACAUUCCACAAUGACGUCAGCGGGCAAUUUUGCACCUGAUACAAAACAUUACGAGCUUUACACAGUUAUAGGGCGCGGGUGUAAUGAUGCAGCUGGCAUCAUUCUUACCAAGCAUAUGCCGUCCGGCAAACACAUUGCCGUCAAAAAAACAAACCUUGAGUCCUGUGACAUGGACUUCUCAAUUCUCCAGAAUGAGGUGAUAUUGUGCCGACAGCUACAAAAUGAGAAAAUCCUGCCAAUCUUGACCACCUUCAUACACAACCAUGAGCUUUGGACAGUGAUGCCUCUAAUGGCUUAUGGUUCCUGUAAAGACCUCAUCCAUGCUUAUUUUACCAAUGGUCUGCCAGAACAAGCAUCCUCCUAUAUCCUCAGGGACACACUGCUAGCCCUGGAGUACCUCCACUCCAAAGGUAUCAUACACAGGAGUGUGAGAGCCAGUCACAUUUUGGUAGCAGCCUCAGGUAAUGUUUGUCUGUCAGGUCUCAGGGAUGCCCACAGUAUGAUACAGCGAGGUCAGAAACUGAGAAUCGUUCAUGACUACCCCAAGCAUUGUGUUCGCUCCUUACAGUGGCUUAGCCCUGAAAUACUAGAACAGAACUUGACGGGAUAUGACUGUUUGUCUGAUAUCUACAGUGUUGGAAUUACGGCUUGUGAAUUGGCUAAUGGCUACGCACCUUUCACAGACAUGCCAGUCACACAGAUGUUACUAGAGAAAGUUAAUGGUACCAAGCCCGUCCUUGCAGACAGCACCACUAUAGCAGAACUUGUAGGUCAUGAUUCAGGAAUCGACAGUGAGGCAACAAACAGUCGAGAGAUCACAGACCUUGCAAAUGCACGCAAGUUUUCCAACCAUUUCCAUAACUUUGUUGAACUCUGUUUGGAGAAAAGUCUAGAAACAAGGCCAAAUGCAUCCACAUUGUUAGGUCAUUCAUUCUUUAAACAUUUGAAGAAAAGGACAUCCGAGAUGCUGCCUUCACUGCUUCAUCCUCUGUCUCCACUCACAGAUAUCAGCAAAAUACCCAAAGCUGAGGGAGAAGAUAUAGAUGACAUGGCUGAAGAAAUCAAUAACAUGUCCGUGGAUGAGGGCUGGGAAUUCUAGAGAUGUGUA